AUGCUUCGUGCCCCAGAGGGAUCUUUCCAACCAGACCUACCUACAGCAGAAUCUGAUGAUCUCCGACGCGAUGGGUUUCAAUUCGGGUUCAGUGACGAAUCGCCAAAGAGGGUCAGAGAUCAUCGCAUCGAUGAUGACGAUCAACCGCCACAGUUGAAUCACGACCCAUUACCAACAUCCUUGCGACAUGGCCAGCAACCGCCUCCUAUGUACACUAACAGACACAUGGAUGUGAGCGAUGAAGACAGCGACAGGGAGCUUGUUCGUGGAAGAAGCUUGGCACCAGUGAUAGCACUGAAUGCGAAACAGGGAUCUGACAGUGUCAGCCCUGUACUAGCUCCUGUGGGCAAAUCUGCCAGUAUUACAUCAGAUAAGAACGGGGAUGUGGGGGAUGUCGAGCGCGAUGACCAAAUGCGUGGAGCCCGGGUCAUCAGGUAUGAAGACACACCCUUUGUGCUGGCGCGACAGCCACCAGACAAUGUCGCUGCUAUAGAAUGGCCGUCUAUGGAUCCUCUCAAUACCCUAGGUUCGAAAGAAAGGGCCCAGGAGUCUGCAGAACACUCGUUCCUGGACAUCGGACACGAGACGUUUGUUUACGGCAGCGCUUCGGUUCCGCAGCACCACACAGUCAACGAGCUCGCCAGCGCAGAACAAACGAUCCGCCAGGGAGAACGUGCAUCUAAUGUUGAAUCGCCUACUCUCGGUCUUCUUGAUGAUGCCUUUCGUACUGGCAAAGUCUGGCGAGUAUCGUCGCUCGAAGCUAGUGUACCUGCAUCCGAGGCGCCUUUUGAUGUCAAAGACGACGAGGGCAUGUCGAGAGAUGAAAAGGCGGAUGCGGAACGCGCUUUCAGUCCUGUGUGGUUUGCUAAGAGCGACUUGCAGCUUCCGACAAGCACUCGGGAUCUUGGGAAUGCAGAUGGAAGCGCAGAAAUCCGCGCGACAACAUCUGGAGAAGAACGCGACGCGGACGCAGGCAGUCGAGUAAUGGCCGUUGGCGCGAUUGCAGCCCCAGCCCAGCAGGAAAUACGAAGACAUGGGGACCGGGAGCCUUCGCUUAGCCAUACCCUUGCGGGGGCCAGUGCUGCGGCGGCUGACAGCGACACCUCGACGCGCUCCGCGCCGCCCUCCUUAGUUGUCGACGCCGCUGAAAAGCAUACCGCCUCUGGAUCACUUAGUCCAUCAUGGGGCCGCGGACACAGCAUCAUUGAUCCACGCGUGGCUGAGCGCGCUUCCGAUGAGAUGGGGGACGAAAGCAACCUCGUCACGCCCGCCGGGCAGGUUCCGCGCAUUACCACCCAGAACGGUCCGGAGACACCCAAGGCUGGACAACCGUACAGCGAGCAUUCACGUCCCGCCAUGUCAAACAGCCACUCCCAUGGCCAGGCCAGCUUUCCGGACUUCAAGCACCAAGCACAGCAACUGCAGGUUUCAAAUAGCGCUACGGCGGCUCCAGAACGGUCAAGAUCCAUGCUCUCGCAGAUAUCUGCCAUGGUUUCUGACGAGGGAAGCAACCCUUACUCUCAAACAUCUACUGGAAGAUCAACCCCGUCAACAAUUCGUCGCAUGCAGCCAGAGUCCACCGUGAAGCCUUCGGCAGUCCCACCACAGAUUCCAGAGGAGAUUUUGAUGUCGUAUGGUGGCGACGAUGGUUUUGAUCUUUACGCAGAUCAUAACGGAGUCGUCAAGGAUGUGCAAGACGAGCAUGGCCAGCCUUUGCGACUUGGACAUCUCCAGGUGCGAGGGGCAACUACCCAACAACAGCCAUCACAGCCUUCAACUUCCGGUAUUGCGACAGCGCCAUCAUCUCGCGAUGGUGAUCGCCCAAGAUACAGUUUUGAAAGGCCAAUGAGCUUCGUCUCAGGACCUGAAGACCAAGACGGCAAACCUCAAGAUCAGAUCAACCAGACCGCAUCUGCAAAUGCAACGCAAUCUUCCCCUGUCGCUAUGCAGCAUCGUAAUCAGUCCCAGCAAUCACUACAUAUGGACACAGUGUACUCACCGAACCCGCUAGCAAACGUCGCACCGCCCUCGGAUCGGAGCGCAUUGAGGCACCAGCCAAUGCUUGCAUCUGGCCCAUCUCCAUCCAAGAAUAUCUUCCAAGCGGUAAAGUCAAUCGACCCCAGUAACAAAACCACUCAGAUUACCGUCAGUUCUUGGCGUCCUGCGGGCCAUCAAGCUUCCCAGCAAGCAGUUUCCGGAAGUCCUGAUCUUAACUGUCAGUUACCACAGGCCACUCAAGCUUCGGGUCGGGUUCCGCUAGCAGAACAAGAGAGGCCAGCAAUUUCGGGGCCGCAGAGCAACCCGAAUCGCGCACAAGGGCAGAUGGAAUCUCAUGGACCCAGAAAUCAAUUUGAACUGCAACAGCAAUUGUUGCAGAGGCAAGGGCAAUACCAAGUUGCCGCGUUUAGACCACCCGCCAAUUCUUCGUCUCAACCUGCCGAGCAAACAUCAAGAAACCAGGAGAAGUCAUCUUCGAAACCUCGGCUUACAUCAAUGUUCAAGAGCUUUGGUGGUAAGACACAGGCGAACCUCCAGCAUACGACCAACUCUGGCAAUACAGCCAUAAUCUCCCAGUCCAAGCCACUUCCGCCGGGUCCUAGUUCUGGUACUCCGCUUCACUCUGUAAUGGACAGAUUUAUGCGCCCUAGGGAGGCAUCGGCAGAAAAGCUUAUCGACCAGCAACAUCCUUUCUUGCCGCAUAGUCGCCCAAACAUGGGGCAGCCACCGGAGUUUGGGCAGGCUUCGUUACAGGUACACUCGGUAGAACCGCGUGUCGAUUCGAGAACGCGCAUUGCAUCCGACCUUCCCAACGACUUUUCAUCCCAGCAGCCACCGUCAAUAUCCAAUGUUCAAGUCCAGGCCCAUCAAGUAUCAUACUCGAAAAGACCAGAAUCUGGCAAGAAGAAGAGAUUUUCUGCGUUGGGCGCUCUGUUCAUUCGAGGUGGUGUGAAUGGUGAUGGAUCGGCUAUGAAAUACAAGAUGUCAAAAGAAGGAAAGAAGGCACAGAAGAGUAUACAGGCGACCGCUACUCCAGCUACUCCCAGCGCCUCUCAUAGAGUACCUCAGCAUCAGCAGAAUAAGCCACAGCAGUCUGGGUUAGCAUACUAUCCUCCCGGACAACUUCCGCCUCAUACCAUACAAAGUAGGCCACCCCUGGGUCAAAAGCUUGGGCCAUCGCAACCAGCACCCAACAUGCAUCCUCAAAAGCUACCUCAGCCGUAUCAGCAACAAACGCAGCAAGUUCUGUCAUCACGAGAGCCAAUCUCUAGUUUACAUUCAGAGGAAGCGUCUGCAUUCCUUAAAACAAAGCAGCUAGCGAUGGAACACCAAGCUCGGCAAAGCAGCUUACAAUUGAAUCAAUCCCAAGCUUCCAAGCCUGGGAUUGAAGCACAGCCCUAUAGUGCACCAUUCCAGAACACUCUUGCACACACGCGAGAUCAAGAUUCGGAUCCACCUCCUGGAGGAUACUAUAAUCAUCGUGCUGAGCCAGCUCCAGCUGGGAGUGGAGCCUACGCAGCUUCUUUAGCCGCGCGGGGACAGGUAGAUCAACGUAAUCAACCGCAAACAGCUCACCAAGGAGUUUAUACGGUCCCACAGGCUGAGCGACAGCAGCAACCCCCCGAAAAACAGCAGUCUGAGUACGAGCAGAGUGUUCAGAGGGACCAUCAAUAUGAGCGACAACUAGAACAACAAGCACACCCCGAGACAUCCCAGGACCACCUUGCCCAUCAUACCUGGCGAGCACAACGGGAGGAACUACUACGACAGGAGCGAUCUGCACCAGAGCACAAUAGGCCAUGGCCGAACGACGAUGCGUGGGUGCAACGACCGCGUCAGCAGCAACAACACCAAUCUUUGGUAGAGUGGCAACCGAACGACUAUCAACCUCAGCUUCCGUACCACAAUGCGCACGGCUCAGGACCUCUUUUUGCUUCUCAAGAUGAUGAGCCGAUAUCUCCACCUGCAGUGUCCCCUACGCAAGAGCCGAGUUAUGACGCACCUCCAAUACCUGCGGCGUAUAGUCAUGUAUCUGGGGCAUUUGUAUCGCCGCUUGAUCGGCAACAGCAGUCGUUGUCACUCAGUCAGACGGAUGCGCCCGUGCAACUUUCAGUGGAUCAACACAAUCGUCCGCUUUCGGAGUCAAUAAUGCAGGCUGUGUCGCCGCAAGUGUCUGCACACUCACAAGUACCUCCAAACGGUCGAAUGCACUCGGAUGCUAGCACAAUGUCCCUCGUGUCGCCAAUAUCAAACUCUCCAGCAAUGCCUAGCUACUCUCCAGCCCCUAGUAGCCAACGGUACCAGAAUCCAAGGAUGAGCAGCAUAUCAGAAGUCCAUCAGCAGGAUCUUCCAUGGCAUCUCGACUUCCCAGCAGGAGCAACCGAACAAGACAUUGUUCGAGCACGACAGGGACAAUACAUGCAAGAACGCUUUACCGCCCAACAACAACAGCAGGACGAGAGAGCUGCCGGAUCACCAUCGCCUCAUUUAUCGCCCGAGCAGACUACGCUAAAUACUGUACCUCCACAUGCUCAAGCACACGGCGGUGGAUUCAGGGAAAUUCUGCCGCGAAGUUUCACGCAGCCCUAUGCGACCUCGCAGGCAGCACAAUCAAGUCAAAAUCUUCAGCCCAUUAUCCGCCGCGACGCGACACCUGUACAGCCAACACCGAUACAUCCGGGACAAUCCCCGCCACCCGCAGCGUAUCCUCUGCCCAUGUCUCCCGACCCUACGGUGAUCAAUAGUCCCCAGAAUUUCAUUGCAAGCGAAUUUGCCCCACCUCCACCACCAAAAAUAGCCCAAAGUCCUAUGCGACCCGGACCUUCUAACGCCCAGCCUUUUUCAUUUGAGGGUCAACGGCCGCAUUCUCAUAGCCCAUCGUCGCCAAACUACGUCUAUACCUCGUCACACGGGAAUGGAUCCCAGUAUGAUGUGAAAGCUCAAAAUGAAGCCCCACCAUCAUAUGACGGUCCUGGUGUGCCUAAUAGUGGUUUAGAUAAGAGUCGCCCCGAAGGACUUCGACCGCUCAAUAUCACAACGGAUCUAGACGGUGAACCGCGUGAUAGACAACCAGAUUCUCGUCCACGUCAACCCUCGAUUGGUAUCCUGCAGCAUCCACAACCCGCCUCAAUGGCUGCUUCACCUCAACGCACAUCACCAGACAUGGGUGCGGAGUCGUUACGUCGCCAACUCCUACAGCAAGAGAAUCUCGCCCACAUGGAACGCGUCCAGCGCGAAAAGGAGAAGCGCGAGAGACAUGAACGCGAUAGGCAGGAACGCGAGGCUGCAAGAGCAAGAGCAAGAGAGCUUGAGCGCAGCGCGUCUGGUGGCGGGCAGGUUGGCAGCCUGAGAAGCAUUGGCGGUAGCACUACCGGAGGAGCUUUAACCUGGGAGAGACGUGGGAGUCACAGCAAUAGCAGACAGGUAUUUGAGCUGCCUGCCGUGGAAGAUGACGAGCCCACUAUGAAGGCGACUAGUUAUCCUGGACAGGAGUGGGUACCUCCCAUGUGGGAUGGUGACUGA